UUGCCUUUAGCCCGACCCCACAGGAAGCACCUUUGCGAUUGCUUUUCUGCCCGGGAAAGCCAACUCCUAUCUUCCUUCUCUGGAAGAACGUCUGGAUGUCUGGGAACAUAGGACCCAUCUGUUAGUACCUGCUCAGUACUACCAGAGGGUCUUUCUACUUGAAUCAACAUAGUGAAUAUUCUCAUUUUAGGAGCUGAUCUUCAAGUUUGCAUAUCCAAGAAACCAACUUGCUGCACGAGGAGGAUGGAGGAGAGAUACCAAGUGGCAGCUCGCCAGGAUUUGCAGCAGCUACUUCAGACGUCGAGCUCUGCAUUAAAGUCACUCAUAUCUCGAAAUGCCGCUGCUCUUCAAGAAACCUUGGAAACUCUCAUCAGACAAGCAGAAAAUUACACCAGUAUACUUUUUUGCAACACCUACAGAAACAUGGCCUUGGAGGCAGUGGCUUCCAUUCAGGAAUUCUUCACUGAUGUCGGGCUCUAUUUAUUUGGUGCAGACGUUAAUCCUGAAGAAUUUGUAAACCGCUUUUUCGACAGUCUUUUUCCUUUGGUCUACAACCAUCUCAUUAACCCUGGUGUGACUGACAGUUCCCUGCAAUACUCUGAAUGCAUCCGGAUGGCCCGCAGGGAUGUGAGUCCCUUUGGCAAUAUUCCCAAAAGAGUCAUGGGGCAGAUGGGGAGGUCUCUGCUGCCCAGCCGCACAUUUCUGCAGUCACUCAACCUGGGCAUCGAAGUCAUCAACACCACCGACCAUCUACAGUUCUCCAAAGAGUGCGGCAGAGGCUUACUGAAGAUGCAGUACUGCUCUCAUUGCCAGGGCCUGACACUCAGUAAGCCCUGCAAGGGCUACUGCCUCAAUAUUGCCAGGGCCUGCCUGGCACACGUGGCAGAGCUCAAUUCACAUUGGCACGCCUAUAUCCGGUCCCUGGAAGAGCUGUCAGAUGCGAUGCAUGGAACCUACGACAUUGAGCAUGUGCUCCUCAAUUUUCACUUGCAUGUUAAUGAUGCUGUGCUGCAGGCGCACCUCAAUGGGCCGAAGUUAGCAGAGCAGGUGAAUAAGAUUUGUGGCCAUCCAGUAAGAAUGCCCACGCCAAGCCCCCCUUGUUCCUUUGACCUGAGCAAAGAGAAGCAUGGGAUGAAGAUCUCUGCAAGGAAUGGGGAAGAGACUCUUGCCACCAGAAGAAAAGAAUUCAUCAACAGCCUUCGGAUGUAUAGGUCCUUCUAUGGUGGCCUGGCGGAUCAGCUUUGCAUUAAUGAAUUAGCAGCUGCUGAUGGACAGCUUUGCUGGAAUGGUGACGAUGUUGUGAAAAGCUAUACUCAGCCUGUGGUUGGAAAUGGGAUCAAAGCUCAGUCUGGAAAUCCUGAAGUGAAAAUCAAAGGAACUGAUCCAGUGAUCAAUCAAAUCAUCGAUAAACUGAAACACGUUAUUCAGUUGCUGCAAGGCAUAUCACCGAAGCCCAGCAGGUGGGAGCUGCUUCAGCCAGGCAGCGGUGGAGGCGGGCCUGAGCCAGCCAGCGGAGACUGUGACGACGAGGAUGGCUGUGGCGGGUCGGGAAGCGGAGAAGCCAGGAAGACCCUGAAAGUCACGAAGUGGAUGCCUGAUGACAUGAACUUCAGUGAUGUCAAGCAAAUCCACCGCACUGACCAUCGCAGCACGCUGGAUACCACGGAAGCCGGCAGUGCUUCAGGGGCCGAGCCCAUGACACUCGCUCUGAUCGGAUUGCUUACAUUACUUCCCAAGCUUUGGUAACGGAACUCCACUGUCCUGACAUACCCUGCUGGGGUCUUGGUUUUUCCCUUUCCUCUUUAUGCCUGGAAUGAAAGACCUUUUUGAAUGUAAUAACUGCAUUUAUGGAACGGUACAUCACACUAACUUCUCAGAAGCCAGGUUGGAAUAUUCACAAAGUCAUAAAAAUCAACAUGUAAAUGACAGACUCUGUCAGCAUACAUCUUUUCUAAAUCUAACUUAAACAUUCUUAAAUUCUAAUAUUAACUUUAAAACUGUGAAAAGUUCAAAAGUGACUUUGAAUGAGGAUUUAGCGACUCUGUAAUUUUAUUCUCAAUUUCAAACCCCUUCCUUUCUAAAUUGAAAAUGUUUUCAUCUGAAGGUGUACUUAUCAGACAAUGAAAACAAUAGUGUUUGUUAUGUACUGGAAGUAGAAUUACAUUAGGUCAAUCAAAGUUCACAGUGGCAAAAAAUAUUAACCAUGCAUUUUCAAGAGAUACUUUUUCAUUUUUGCAAGCUGAAAGAAGAAAACUACUUAAAGUCCACGGGCUAUAGAUUAGAUUAUUGAGAGAUUUAAAAUAAUUUCCCUGAAGGAACUUCAUAUGUUCUAUCCACAAUAAUUUAGCCACUGACGAAUCCUAAAGCUAUAUAUAUUAGGAGCACCUGGCUUUAUUCCAUGCUAUUCAAAAUGCACUUUAGUAAUAUGUAUUAUGUCCCUGUCUCCUCUCCUGUUUACCAAAUAACAGAUCCAGUUAUCUUUCAAGGCUCACAAGUGCACUCCAAUCAAGCUCUUAAUUGUCUGGUGGAACAGCAUUAAAGAGACUAAGGAGAGAGUUCACCAGUUAAAGGCACUUGCUUGGAAGCCUGAGAGCGUGGGUUCAAUUCCCUAGCCACCCACAUAAAUUAUGUUACUUAUUUGCAGAGGCAAGAUAACCCUAGCACACCCAUACAUGCACACAUGGGCACACGCAUGUGAGUGUGCAAGUAGAUAAAAUGAUCAAUAUUUUAAAACAUUACUUAAAAAUAAGGGAAAUUGAUGAUUUUUAUCCUGUCCAAGUUAUAUAUAGUCACUCAUUUGCAAAAUAUGUUUCCUACUUCUUUUCAAAGCAUAACAUUGAACAAAUGGUUGGUCAUCCAUGCAUUGCUAAGGCCUCGAUGAAUAUCUGUAGAUGUGGAAUAAGGCAACACGCACUGUGCCCGACAUGAUAGUUCUUCUCCAUCCCUAAUUUCCCAGUUGUGACAGUUGCCUUGGCAGACGCUAAAGGAUAUAUCUAAAGCUGUACUUAAGGAGAAAGAGAUAACUCAUCUUUUAUUAAAAAAACUCACAUCCGGGAGAUGGCCAGAAAAUAUAGUUAAUACAAAAAGUCACAGUAGACAAAGAGAAUGCAGAACCUCUAAGGUAAAGCCAUCAAAAUAACUUCGGGUGACCUCUGGCAGGGUGGAAGUGAACGUAAGUCAUGCAAAAUCAAUUUGCCCAAAUCAAGAAGCAGUAUGGGAUCAAACUUCGUCCUUCUGAGGUUCUCAAUGACCCGAGUUCUCUGAGGGUUGUCAGCUUACGUCACAGUAUUUGUAACCGCCCAAUCGGGUUUCAUUGUCUGUUGAAGCACACCUCACGGAAGCAGUACCCUUCCCACUGACUCUCUGUUCCUGUCCUAGACUUCUUCCACCCCAUGGUGUUUAGUCUCUGACCUGCUCCAGGUAGGGCUCAACCCCACUCAAGUCACCACACACCACAAAUUACAAACUUCAACCUGUUGUAUUAAAUUUUUUCUCUUCAAUUUCAACACUCUUCUUAAGCCAGUCCCCCCGCCCCUCCAGAAAAAAAAGUAAUAUUAAUCAUGUCUGCAUUCUAGCCCCAGUCAGGGUUGGUUUGUGACGGAAAAAGAAAUGUUUCAUAACCUCCCCCAAGUUAAGGGAACUUAAUUUUAAAAACAAACAGACUAGAGAGCAUAGUUGAAGAAUCUAAGAUGUAUCUGGAUAAAAUUAGUUGGCUGAAGAUAAUUUUAGACAGGCAGGAAGUAGAUAAAAGCAGAAUAAUAAUAAAGCCAGGGAAAUGAAUGUGCGCUUUCGAUGGACUGUGUUUUAUGUGCUCCAGUGGGUGACGUCUACCCCCAGCCAUGCCCUUCGGAGACGGAACAUGUCAUAGUAAUGCUGCCAGAGCACAAAACUCUGGGAGGUUCUCAGAAUUUCUUUAAGCGCCUGAGGCAUAGUUUUUAAUAUUCUCAAUGAGGAUAGUCAUUGUUUAAUACUCCACUCUGUGACAUUUUAUAUUUAUAUAGCUUUUUAUGAUUUACAAAACUCCUUCAAGUGAGGCAAAGCAUGUCAUUUGACCUUUCUCACCCUCAAGGAGGACUUGACUUUUUGUCAAAUAAAAACAACACUGAUUUUUUUUUUUUAUCUUUAACAUAGAUCCAAAUUUGCAUCUGGAGUGCUUUCCAUAAGCAGUAUCUAAGAAGGUUUUGAGCAACAGUAAAGCAGUUAGAAUAUGGGUCUCAUUUCUAUGAUGACUUAAUGGGUAAUAACUAAGUGAAUACAUACAGUGAAACAUAUCAUUCACAUCUUUAUAGUCAUAUUUUAUACUGGAAGAAUUUAAAUGGAUCCAUUUUCUUGAACCCUGAGUGAUUUCUGUAUACUUUCAAGUAACCACAAGACUGAUCCCAGGGACUGGGGAUGUAGUUCAGUACUACAGUGAACUCUAGGUCUGUAUGACCUCCACCCCAAGUUCAGCCCCAAUACCAACACAAGCAUACAAGGAAGAAAAGAUAGCAACAAAUAAUCUCUUAGUUCAAUGUCUGGGUUUUGUUUCCUUACUUGGGAGAAGAAUUGGUCAUUUAUCAGAACUGAUAAUUAAUUGUCAUUUCCUUUGUGCUGGCAACAUUAUAUAAUCUCUUUAAAUCUUCCAAAUAACAUUACUACCUCUAUUUUGCCAAUGAAGGUAUGAAUUUUGGAGAUAUUCUGCAAUUUGACUGAUGUCAUAGAACUGGUCAGAAUAAGGUUAGUGUCUAUAAUGCCUGAAAAUUAACUAUUUACAUUCUAGUUUUAAAAUAAUGUAUUUGUACAGUAGAGAAAAAAACAAAUGUGACCAUAAUCACUUAGACUAUAUAGGUCUCAAAACUGGGAUUGAAAAAAAACAAAUAUAAUUGAUUAUUAACUUGAAUAAUGGUCUGCAUAUUACUACAAAAGCAUAAUGAAAAGGCAAACUAUAAACAUGGAUUUUUUUUUUCUUUCAUGACCAGUUGUUACUCUCCCAAGUGUUCAAAUCCCUUUCAAAUACAUUUCCCCACCCACCCACUCAACAAACCAGCUGCCAGAAAUGACAGAGAAAACACAACCUAUGUAAAUGUUAUGGAAUCAUGAAGUUACUUUUUGCUUGUGGUACUAUUGUAUGUAUAAAAUUUCUUCACUCAUGCAGCACAGGAUGACAUUAAAAAAUAAAGAGAGGGGGCUGGAGAGAUAGCUUAGCGGUUAAGGCAUAUGCCUGUAGAGGCUAAAGACCCAGGUUCGAUUCUGCAGGUCCCACGUAAGCCAGAUGCACAA